CCUGUUAUUACUAUGAACUCCAACAUCCCAUGAUCGAAGUGUACAUCGAGGAUGUAACAAAUCGCUGUGUGAGAAGCCACAUGCAAUACAUAAGAUGGAUCAUCAAAACGUACCAGACAAUAUCAGUUUCCCUGAUGAGGAGGAAAAGAUACAGGCAUUGUGGAAGAAGCUUGAUGCAUUCCAAUCCUGCUUGAAACAGUCGAAGAAUAAACCAAGGUACACAUUUUAUGAUGGACCUCCAUUUGCCACUGGUUUGCCUCAUUAUGGCCACAUCCUGGCUGGUACCAUCAAAGAUAUUGUCACACGCUGGGCUCAUCAAAGUGGAUUCCAUGUAGAAAGACGCUUUGGAUGGGAUUGCCAUGGGCUGCCUGUGGAAUAUGAAAUCGACAAGACAUUGGGCAUCAAAGGUCCGGCUGAUGUAGCCAAGAUGGGUAUAGAUCAGUACAAUGCCGAGUGUAGAAAGAUUGUCAUGAGAUACGCCAGGGAGUGGGAGGAAAUAGUGUCGAGACUUGGUCGAUGGAUCGAUUUCAAGAAUGACUACAAGACAAUGUAUCCGUGGUUCAUGGAAUCCAUAUGGUGGAACUUCAAACAGCUGUUUGAUAAAGGUCUCGUCUACCGUGGCUUCAAGGUAAUGCCAUUCUCAACAGCUUGUAAUACCCCACUGUCCAACUUUGAAGCGGGCCAGGACUACAAGGAUGUUGUCGAUCCUGCUGUGAUUAUCAGCUUCCCCCUGGAUGAGUCACCUGAAGUGUCCAUGAUAGCGUGGACAACCACGCCUUGGACAUUACCCAGUAAUCUAGCACUCUGUGUUAACCCCGAGUUGAUGUACGUCAAAGUUAAAGACAACUCCAACCAGAAAUUGUACAUCAUGAUGGAAGCAAGACUGGUAGCCUUGUUUAAAACUCCUGAAGAAUAUACUAUUUUAGAUAGAUUCUUGGGAAAGACCUUGAAAGGCAAGACAUACAAACCUCUCUUCCCAUACUUCGAAAGCCUGAAGAAGGAGCGUGGAGCAUUCCAGGUCCUCAUCGAUGGGUAUGUGACGGAGGAGAGUGGUACUGGUGUGGUCCACCAGGCACCAUACUUUGGCGAGGAUGAUUACCGCGUGAGCUUGGCAAACGGCAUCAUCACCAAGGACAUGAAUAUGGUGUGUCCAGUAGAUCCAAGUGGACGAUUUACCGAGGAUGUUACGCACUUCAAGGGAAUGUAUGUAAAGGAUGCCGACAAGCACAUCAUGAAGUGGCUGAAGGAGAAUGGUCGUCUAGUCCACCAGGGGUCCAUCAAGCAUAGCUACCCCUUUUGCUGGAGGUCUGAGACGCCUCUCAUCUACAAGGCUGUGCCUAGCUGGUUUGUCAGGGUUGAGCACAUGAACAAGCUACUCUUAGAAAACAACCAGCAGACCUACUGGGUACCUGGAUUCGUCAAAGAGAAACGCUUUGCCAAUUGGUUACGUGACGCGCGUGAUUGGGCGAUAUCACGUAACAGAUACUGGGGAACACCUAUCCCACUGUGGGUGAGCGAUGAUGGUGAGGAGGUCGUGUGCAUUGGCUCCAUAAAAGAACUGGAAGAACUGACUGGGCAGCCAGUAAAGGACCUUCAUAGAGAGUUUGUUGACCAGCUAACCAUUCCAUCGCGCUGUGGCAAAGGGCAACUGAAGCGAGUGUCCGAGGUGUUUGACUGCUGGUUUGAGAGUGGCAGCAUGCCCUACGCCCAGGUCCACUAUCCCUUUGAGAACAAGAAGGAGUUUGAGGAUUGUUUCCCUGCAGAUUUCAUUGCUGAGGGCUUGGACCAGACAAGAGGAUGGUUCUACACCCUACUUGUGCUGUCAACAGCUCUGUUUGGCAAACCACCAUUCAAAAAUCUCAUUGUCAAUGGCAUGGUAUUGGCAAGUGAUGGUCAGAAGAUGAGUAAGAGAAAGAAGAAUUAUCCUGACCCAAUGGAAGUGGUCCACAAGUUUGGAGCUGAUGCACUCAGAAUGUACCUGAUCAACUCUCCAGUUGUUAGAGCGGAGAGUUUGAGAUUCAAAGAGGAGGGAGUGCGUGACAUAGUGAAAGAUGUGUUCUUGCCCUGGUACAAUGCUUACAGAUUCUUACUGCAGAACAUAAAAAGACUGGAAAUUGAAGAGGGAGUGCAGUUUGUCUACAACGAGAGCGAGAUAAAAACAUCUGAAAAUUACAUGGACAGGUGGUUGCUUUCGUUCACCCAGUCUCUGAUCAAGUUUGUCAAGAAGGAGAUGGCAGCCUACAGGCUGUACACAGUCGUCCCUAGGUUGGUGAAGUUCGUCGAUCAGCUGACCAACUGGUAUGUCAGGAUGAAUCGGAAGAGGCUGAAGGGUGAUUCUGGGAUUGCAGAUUGCCACAAAGCAUUGGAGUCAUUGUUCAGUGUCCUUUUCUCCAUGACCAAGGUUAUGGCUCCAUUCAUCCCAUUCUUGACCGAGCACAUGUACCAGAGACUGAAGAUGGUGAUGGAUCCGGAGUCAAUGAAAGACCAGGAGACAGCUAGCAUACAUUUCCUGAUGUUACCCGAACCCAGGGAGACACUCAUCGACACUCACAUUGAGUCUGCAGUCUCAAAGAUGCAGGCAGUCAUUGAGUUGGGUCGUAUUGUCAGAGACAGGAAGACACUGCCAGUCAAGUAUCCACUCAAAGAGGUUGUGGUCAUCCAUAAAGAUCCCAGCGUGUUAAACGAUGUCAAAUCACUGGAGACAUACAUCAAAGAGGAAUUAAACAUCAAGCAACUGACCAUUAGCAAUGACAAGGAGAAGUAUGGUGUUCAACUCCGUGCUGAACCAGAUCACAAGGUCCUUGGUGGACGCUUGAAGGGCGAAUUCAAGAAAGUCAUGGGAGGUAUCCGAGAGUUGACUGAUGGGCAGCUGACAGAGUUUCAAAUGACGGGAGAGAUUACCGUCCUUGGCCACACCCUUGUGUCCGAGGACCUGCGUGUUAUUUAUGGCUUCGAUGCAGACAAGGAUGGAACUCCGAGUCAUUAUGAAGCCCAUUCGGAUGACGAUAUCUUAGUCCUCCUUGACGUCACGCCAGACCAGUCGAUGCUGGAUGAAGGCAUAGCAAGAGAGAUCAUCAACAGGGUACAGAAACUGAGAAAGAAGGCCAAACUCGUGCCGAUGGAUAAUAUCACGGUGUUCUAUAAGGCCACUGGGAAUCUUGUGAAAGUCUGUGAGGAGUUCUCCGAUUUUAUCUUCCAAACUAUCAAGCAGCCCAUGGAGAAGUAUCCAGUUGCUAGAGGAGCAUCGGUCAUUAUUCAGGAAUCUAUGAAGAUAAAAAAUGAUGGCUUAGAUUUGACAUUUGUGAGAAGGGGCAGCAACAGUGACAACAUGGACUCUGGUGACAGUGGGGUACAACCUGUGUGUCGGUUUGUCAACGUGGAGGUGUUGGACAAAGUAUCUAUGAAAGGCACUGUCCUGCUGGAGAACCCCAAGGGUGACUUCCCCAUAACGAUGCAAGAAUUGAAUAGACAGGUUGGAUCAUUAUUCAAUAUCCGCGCCCUGAAGUACACCCUCUCCUCUGAUAGGACAAAUCAAGAUGCUAGUGUCACAGUCUCCGAUGCCCUCUCCCUGCAUUCAAAAACAUUAUACGCCCAUCUCGAUAGGAACAAUGGCACGAAGUUUGAACCGAAUGGCCGAAAUGCUACAAAAUUUGUGAAUGUGGAACUUGUUGGCACAAAGCCCCUGAAGGGAGCCAAGGGAACUCAAGCAACAUGCUUCCUUCAGAAUCCAGUGGGUUCGUCUCCAUCUUCAGUUGAUGAUCUGAUUAGCCAGGUGACAGUUAUAUUUGGGCUGGAAGGCAAGAAAGCACGAUUGUUCAAGAAUUCAAAUAAGACUGACGAAAUAACGAAACGAUCAGUGGACAAUGUCCUAUCACUACAUACACAGACACUUUAUGCAAGUGUAUGAGGAAUUAUUUAGUGUAAUUAGGAUUCUUAUCGAACUGCAAGAUGAUUGUUUGUGUAUAUGGAAUAACUGUAUGCUCGGCUGUUUUAUAUCCAUCCUGUGUGACACUUUCGCUUCCAUGCCUGAAAGACAUAACUCAGCAUAUAACUAUUUCUCACUCAAGAAAACCACUUGGUGGGUUAUCACAUCAAGCAUGGCAUUUUCAUCAACUGGAGCGUAAGGUUACACUCAGAAGGGAUCUUUAUCAGCGGAGCCUGUAGUAUUCACAUAUGGCUUAUUGGUCAGACGAUCAGGAUUAUGUUUUCAUGUAAUCAGUGCAGAACCUGAUGUGGUUAAGCAACAUGAUGGUCUUUAAAAUUGAACCAGGGAGUGUCGGAUAGCUUCAUGGAGUUCUUGUCCUGAAGCACGAGGACUGUAAAGUGACCCUUUGAGAUGCUCUUAGAGUUUUGAUAUGGUGAUGGCUUGUGUGCUUUAGUGAUCAGCAAUGGUCUUUUUGGAAAUUCAAAUUAAUGUCUGAUAGUAUUAACCUAUUAACCUCUGAUUCUCCUCAUAUUUAUAUUAGGGUGUGUAGAACUCUGGUGCUGAAUUCAGAUUGUGAAAUAACCCCCAUCCCAGCCUGACACUGACAGAAUCCACAUUUGCCUUUAUCUGUACUGUUAACUGUAAAGUACUAAAAAGGUAUCCUGUCUACCAGUUUUGAUUUGAGAAAACUGUGUAAUGUGCUGUUAUGAUACUUAUGAAUGAAAAUACAUAUGAAGGAUAAAAAUAA